CCUCGCCAGACUGCGCUCCAGAGCACCCGAGGCCAUGCCCACCACAGGCCCGCAACCAGUGGCCCUCGCGGCAGACGCGCCCAACCCUCUCCCUCGCCUGCGCUCCUCGUCCUCCUCGUCGCCGCUCGACUGGAUCCCCGUCGUCAAGCUCGACCUCGAUUGCUCGGCCAAGCACUUCCACCUCGCACUCGCCGACCUCGCCCUCCAGCCAGAACACAGCAGCUCGACCAUCCUCCGCGCCGACAUCCUCGCCGACCACCUCGACCCUCCUCCUCAAACUCCCGCCCUCGUCUCGCUCGACGGCUACACCUGCGUGCGCCGACUCAGGCGUCGCAUCCUCCCCAACAGGCCCCAGUUCGACUGGGCCAUGGAGCAAGAGUGCCUCUUCUACUCGCGCAACCGCGACCCGGCCGACAACGACGACGACGACGCCGCCGACGACGACGACGCCGCCGACGACGACGACGCCGCCGACGACGACGAAGCGCUCGUCCUCCUCCUGCCCGACUUUGAUCAGCUGCGACAACAAGACGACAAAGGACGCCUUCCGUACUACCACCCGCAGGUCCGCGCCCUCGCGUUCCGCUACUUGCCCUCGUCGACCUCCCCCUCGUCCGCCUCUCUCCGCAUCGACCUCGUCCCUCUGCCCGCACAACCGCCCCUCGUCGCGCCUCUACCUCCAUCCGACCGCCUGUACCGCACCGCACUCGCACUCGUCAAGUUCACGGCCAAGCUCUGCCUCGGCCACGCCGACGGGUGGCAGAAGCGCGUCCACCACGACCUCCUCGUCGGCAAGGAGGACGUCCAGGACCUGUAUCAGCAGCUCAAGGACAAGUACAAGUGGAUGCUCUCGGCCUGGCGCGAGUCGACCGACGCGACCAAGCACGUCUUUGAAGACGUCGCCAUCGCCGCGUGGCUCAUCGUCCUGUGGCGCCGCAUGUACCCCGAGUCGGGCGGCAGACCUCGAGGCGGGUUCGUCGACGUCGGGUGCGGCAACGGCCUCCUCGUCUUUAUCCUCAACGCCGAGGGCUACUCGGGCUACGGCUUCGACCUGCGAGCGCGCAAGUCGUGGUCGGCCUACUCGCCCGCGCCCGACCUGCGCGUCUCGUCCAUCCUCCCGCCCUCACUCGUCGCGGCGUACCUCUCGACCUCGACGCCGGCGUUCCCGCCGGACGCGUUCCUGAUCGGCAACCACGCCGACGAGCUCACGCCGUGGCUGCCGCUCCUCGCCGCGUGCACGCCCCGGUCGGCCUUCCUCAACAUCCCGUGCUGCCUCCACGAGCUGCACGGCCGCUUCGACCGUCAGGCGUACUCGAUCCCGGCGGCAUACCUCUCGGCGCUCCCCUCGCCACCUCCUGCCCCCUCCUCCUCGACCGACUCGCCCUCUCUCUCUCCCGCCCCGCCCCACCCUCUCCUCCACCCCUUCUACGCCCCGACGCCCCUCGCCCAGUCGUCGACGUCGACCGGGCCCUCGAUCAUCGGCGGGCGCUACGCCGCGUACCAGCUGUACCUCGCGCACCUGACGCUCCGCUGCGGGUUCGUCCCCGAGCGCGAGGCGCUCCGCAUCCCGAGCACCAAGAACUUUGGCAUGGUCGGCAGGACGAGGCUGUACGGCGAGGGCGACGAGGCGGGCCAGGCGAGGGUCAGGGACGAGCUCGAGGGCGUCCUGCGCGAGGUUGAGCGGCGAGGCGAGUGGGUCGCACGGCGGCCCGAGGGCAAGGCGGGCGAGAAGGACCAUUAG